AUGGCUAUCGACCUAAAUGCUGGACAGUACUUAGCUGCAGACUCGGCCUGGCGCACAUUCCUACCAAAUGAGACACUUACUACUAUCUGUCGUGGUCUCUCACCUUCUGUUCUAGCAACUGUUGCCCGUAAACUCUCUCUGCCUCAUCUUCACUCCCAUACAGGCACCCUUCGUUGCUGCCAGACCAUUCGUCUACAUUCACAUCUUGCCAACGGACUCCGCAAACUUCAUAUCCGAUGGAAAUUAGAGUAUGGUGCAUACUAUGCGCCAGACUUCGACAUCUUCCUCUCCAAUCUCACACAAGCAUUAAGCCUCGCAACCAACCUCCAGUCCCUAGACCUACAUCUCGGCCUGCCAUCUCUGUCGGAACACCCAACUUCAACUUUUCUCUCAUUCCCUGCUACCGAUGCCUGUUAUCACUCCCUCCGACGCGUCUCUCUCAGCGGCAUCGGCCCCUUUACCCACAACCGUCUCACAAAUUUUCUCAACAUUCUCCCCGCCGUACGACAUCUCCGUCUUCCCGACUAUCACGAUCAGAUCACCCUUAUUCCUCAAGCCCUCCCAUCUCUCGUAUCAUUUUCCGGCUCCCCACGUGUAGCCGCUGCAAUUCUACCAGGAAGACCCGUACAAUCCCUUGUACUCAUAGGACAAGACUACAUCCCUGACCUAGAUCUAUCCCAAAUGGUCCUGACAAGCGUACCUCUUCGCCAUCUGGAUUUGUCAUCCAUGUUGGUUACCCCGACAUUACUGCGAAAUUUAUCCAGGAACCUUAAUACAGUCGAGUCGUUGAAAGUGAAGCUUGCGUUGAGACAUACUUUGCAUUUCGCAGGUAUCGGCUUACUAGCCGCGCUUUCACACCUUCUCGGAGCAUUUCGCAAUCUUUCUACGCUCGACCUCUCGCCUACGCACGUAGACUAUACCGGGCUCAGUAACAGCGCAGAAGAACUCUCACUCUGUCGAUCAUGGCAGAAUGCAUGUCCUUCACUGCGACGCGUCGUCUUUCCUUCCCAAACAGAGUGGGCGUUCCGGGAAGAGGAUAAUACGUGGGUGUCUGUUCUCGUAGGGGAGUUGCGGAGGCGGCCCGCGUUCUACUCGCCAAAUAAGUUCAUUGGGUCCUGA